AGAGACAGUGAUGCUGCAGCAGUGAAGAGACGCAGACUGACCUGGUCUCAGUGGAGCUUCUUCAGGUGGUUCCGUCUCGUGCUGCUUUCGUUUGUCCUGACGUUGGAUCAUCUGUAGCGAUGAGUGGAGUUCCUCAGGAUCUCUGGUGCGUGGAUUAGAGCUGGUUUUCCUCUCUGUGGCGGCGGAUGUGACGAGCAGCAUCACGGGAACUCCCAGAAAUGUCGAAUAAAACUUCUCAGCUUGAGCGGGAGCUGGACCUCUGAAGCCAAAAGAGACAAGGCAGAUGAAAAAAGGAGGAGGGAGAAAUAAAAAGUGACAAAUAAGAAGAGGACAAAGUGUGUGAUAGAGAGAGAGGAAGGACCAGGGUGAGAUUUUAAGUGAAGGUUGGUGAUGGGCAACUGCACCAAUCCAUCCAUGAAAGAUAAAAUGAAGAAGGACCGAGAGCUGAGACCAGAGGAGAUUGAUGAGCUGCGUGAGGCGUUUGAGGAGUACGACAAGAACAAAAAGGGCUACAUCAGUCACAAGGACCUGGGCGAGUGCAUGAGGGCCAUGGGAUUCAUGCCCACAGAGAUGGAGCUCAUCGAGCUGAGCCAGAUGAUCAGUGGGGCUAAAGUGGACUUUGAAGACUUUGUGGAGCUGAUGGGACCUAAGAUGCUGGCAGAGACGGCAGACAUGAUUGGAGUCAAGGAACUGCGAGACGCAUUCAGAGAGUUCGACUCCAACGGUGACGGCCAGAUCAGUCUAUUGGAGCUGCGCGAGGCCAUGAAGAAGCUGAUGGGAGAACAGGUGACCAACCGGGAGAUCAACGAGAUCCUCCAAGAUGUCGACCUCAACGGAGACGGUCUGGUGGACUUUGAGGAGUUUGUGCGAAUGAUGUCCCGCUGACCGGCUCAGCUGCUCACACGUCCGACAGAGACACAAACAUUAUGCAACAGCUGGAGGUCGAGAACACACACGACGCGUGCACAUUCUUCAUCUGCUCUUAAGAGUCUUGCAUCUAAAACUAUAUUUUUAUAUGGAAUAAAGUAAAUUAGUAUUAAAAUAACCUCUCCAAGUCUGAAGUGCAACACAAACAUGAAGCGUUAUAGCAGCUGUGACACAUAUCAGGAGCUUCAUAGACAACGUUGAUGACUUUGUGCUUUUAGAUGCAUUUUCUACUCAUCUGUU